GUAUUAGCUCUGGUUCUAUAUAGGUACCUCCUUUGAAGUAUACUUCGGGGGAGAACGUGCUACUUAAGUACCCCUUUUAAGGCCUUUUUUUGCAUUGGUACAAUACAUCUUAUCUUCCUACCUCCAAGUCAUACGGUUGUCUUACAGUGCCGUUUGAGUGGGUCAUAACUGCCCAGCGUGGCAACGCGAGGCUUCUAAUUCCAAACUUAUGCCCGAGUCUGAGCCUGAGCCUUCUAUUUUUGUCUUAUUCUGCCCCUUCCAAUACUCUCUUUCGCUUCGUCAACGUCAAAAAGUCUACCUAACCUACCUAGGUACAUACCUAGCCUACUAUUACUCCUCACCUUUCGCCCGUCUUUAAUACCCCGUAUAACUCUCAUAUUAAUAAAUCCGUCUCCACCCACCCUACGACAACUCCCCCACGAUGUUAAAGAUAUGGUCUAUGAAAUCUGCCCAGCAGAAGGCAGAAAAUGCUGAUGGCGCAGCCGGGAAGAAGAAGAAAGUUACACCUGCUCAACUACGAGUACAAAAGGACCUCUCAGAAUUAUCCCUGGGAUCGACUAUGAAAACGGUAUUCCCCGACCCCGAUGAUAUCCUCAACUUCGUACUCGAAAUCACGCCGGACGAGGGCAUCUACCAUGGCGGACUCUUCACCUUCACCUUUACUAUGGGCCCCAACUACCCGCACGAACCUCCCAAGGUGCGCUGCCAGCAGAAAAUCUACCACCCCAACAUCGACCUCGAGGGUAAAGUGUGUCUAAAUAUCCUGCGCGAGGAUUGGAAACCAGUACUCAACCUCAACGCCGUUAUUGUCGGACUGCAAUUCCUAUUUCUCGAGCCAAACGCUUCGGAUCCUCUCAACAAGGAGGCUGCAGACGAUCUGCGUUCAAGCCGAGACAACUUCCGACGGAAUGUGCGUGUUUCCAUGGGUGGCGGUUCGAUACGUGGAGUUGCAUAUGACCGCGUACUUGUCACCAGGUAAAGAUGGCAGGAUCAGGUAAGGAGCUUAGCAACGGAAUAUUUGGCGCGAACAUGAGGUUGUUUCGUCCGGUCCAGUCGGGUUAUAUGUUAUACUCGAGCCGGCACAAUGAGAAACCUUACGCAAACCGGUCGAGCUAGAAUCAAAGAGGACAAGAUGAGACGAAGAAAAUAAGCUUUAGACUAGCUUUGCAGACGGCACAUAGCAAGGCGUUUUAUGAGGGACCGCAUUUUACUUGAAGGCAUCAGGGGGAACUGUCUUUUCGUCUGUGCUGUUGGCCUUCUGGGGGGAAGGGGCUGCAAAUCAUUUCGCAGCCGACACAAUGCCUUCCAUGGGACGACCGACGACAAUAACAUGAUAGAUAAAGAUACUAACACAUGAAUAUAACGAACUUUCCAUUAUAGUACUUGCUGUAUUGUACUGUUUUGGUUAUAGGUCACCGCUUAUUGAAGCAGUGCAAUUUCCCCUUGCUUGUUUAGC